AUGCGGGAGGUUUGUGCUGGUUGCAACACCCCAAUCUCAGAUCGCUUCCUGCUGCGAGUGAAUGAGCGCUCCUGGCACGAAGGCUGUGUGAAAUGUGCUGCUUGCCUCCAGCCUCUCUCGGGAACAUGCUAUUGUCGCAACAGGCAGCUCUAUUGUAAGCAUGACUAUGAAAAGCUCUUCCAGACCAAAUGCAGCGGUUGCCUCAAAGCUGUGGCUCCUUCUGAAUUCAUCAUGCGGGUGCUGGAGAACGUCUACCACGUCCACUGCUUCUCCUGCUGUGAGUGUGAGCGGCGGUUGCAGCGCGGAGAUGAGUUUGUGCUGAAGGAAGGGCAGCUGCUUUGCCGCAGCGACUAUGAGAAGGAGAGAGAAAUGCUAAGCGCCAUCAGCCCUGCACCCACUGAGUCAGUGAAGAGUGAAGAUGAGGAUGGGAGCCACCCACAUGGCAAAGGAGGAGAGGAAAGCAAGGAUCACAAGCGCUCCAAACGCCCACGUACCAUCCUCACCACGCAGCAGCGACGGGCAUUCAAGGCCUCCUUUGAAGUCUCCUCCAAGCCCUGCCGGAAGGUAAGGGAGACAUUAGCGGCUGAAACUGGUUUGACUGUCCGUGUAGUGCAGGUCUGGUUCCAGAAUCAAAGAGCCAAGAUGAAAAAGAUAGCCCGCCGGCAGCAGCAGCAGCAACAGCAGCAGCAACAGGAGCAAGAGCAGCUGGGAAAUCCCCGUCUAGGGGCAGGGAGGGGAAAUGGACGCAAUAGCGCCAGUGUGCAUGGAAUAGAUGGGCUCAUGGUACCUUACUCCAGGAUUGCCCAGCAGCAGCUGCUUCCCUUGGAUCAGAACAGCUACAGCACAGACUUGUACCGGCAAGGACUCACCCCACCCCAGUUGCCGGGAGACCAUCUUCAUCCAUACGAUUCGGAAGGUGUUUUCCAUGACAUGGACAGCGACACGAUCGGCCAUUUGGGCGACUGCCUGCUGUCUGCGGCUGAGGCCAACCUCCUGCAGACUCGAGUGGGCAAUCCAAUCGACAGGCUGUACUCCAUGCAAAACUCCUACUUCACCUCCUGA